AAUCAAUCUUUUUUCUUGUGAAAUUAAAAUUUCAGAAUGAAUAUGCUUAUUCCAAGAUUGGCAUCAUGCAUGCAAUUACCAUGCCUGUGCCAACAUCGACUGUUGUCAUUAUCUGCUACAGCAGCAGUCAUGCCUCCUCCAUUUCAAGGCAAUGUACCUCCUAAGAGAGACCGGCCUUACAUUGAUCAGUUUGUGCCUAAUAUUAAAAUUAAACAAGCCAGAAAAACUGCAUCUCCUUCUCCACAACCUCACAAAUUCCGUCCCGUUCAACGCUCGUGGAACUUGAGAGAAAUUCCCUCAACUGAAGAAGGAUGGCAGAAACAUGAACAGUUAUCUCCAGCGGUGACGACGGCAGUAAACAAGCAGCUGGAAGAAGGCCGGGCAGGCCGUCUGUUCGCCGUGGUGCACGUAAUGGGCAAGCAGUUCCUCGUCAAAGCGGAAGACAUCGUCGUUGUAACUGGCCAUUGGCCUCCCAAGCUCGGGGAGUCUAUAAGAUUGGAAAAG